GCUGGUGGAUGAACUGAGCAAGCCAUGUUAAAAAUGCACCAUUAGUUCUAAUCGUUUGAGUUUUAAUAUAAAAUCAAACUGAAGGUGAAAUGUGGCGACUGAAGGCAGUUGGACACAAAGCCAGUCAGUCUGUAAAAGAUUUGGAGGAGUUUAAACACAAGAGGAGAGAACAUGAGAAAGCUCUGAGACAGGCUAGAAGAGACAGACAGUUGAUUAGUAAAAGACUGUUGUUAAAUGACGAUGAUCAGGAGAAAGAUUUGAUGGAAACAGACCCUGAUCCACUGUCUCCAGAUCAGAUAUGUGAGGUGUUACGCAAUGUUCAGAGUGGUGGAGAGGAGAAGUCUGCUCAUCUAGGAACACUAAGGAGAGCGUUAAGAGACCCCCGGACUCACCUCAUCUUUACAAAGCUGGAGAACAGUAUGUAUGUGCUGGUUGGUCUCCUGAGCGGUAAUAAUGCUCAGUGUCAGCUUGAAGCAGCGCGGUGUCUCCAUGAGCUCUCCCACUCUCCUCAUCCUGGUGUGGGACAGUCGUGCUUGCCUGCUACCCCUUACCUCCUUACCUAUCUCUCCAGUCCCAGUGCCAAACUGAUGGAGCUUUGCCUGUACACAUUAGGAAAUCUGUGGCCAGAGGGUGCUGUUGUAAGAGAGAAGCUGCUAGCUCAAGGAAUAGUGCCAGCCCUGGUUAACUGCAUUCAGAAUCAGAGAUGUAACUUGGCAGUGGUGGAGGCAGCAGGAUUUACGCUGUCCCAACUGCUUCAGGAUAAAGAUGCUGCAGAAAGAAUUAUUCCAUUGAUCAUGAGCUUGGUGCCUCAUUUGAUUUCCGUUUUGACACCAGAUUUGGAGUUUGGUUUGGGAGCAGCAGUCGAAUGUGCCUGGUGUUUACAUUAUAUAGUUUCAUGCACUGCUGAUACUGCUUCCUUGCUAAAUGAAGGACUCCUCACACACUGCAGUAAUAUUCUCAUUACCCUAGGAGAGGCUGUUGCUAAAGGAAGCACAGAGGACGGACUGGAAUUGCUGAUCUGGCCCCUGCUGCGUUGCCUGGGUAAUCUGCUGGCCUGUGGGGUGUGUGAGGCAGCUGGAUGCCUGGUAGGGGUAGAGGAUGUUCGUCUGUUAGCUGCUCUGUGUGUGUUCAGCCAAACUUACCUGACCUCCCACUGUGCUCUGAGCAGGGAGAGUCUGUGGGUCCUUAACAACCUCACAGCUGGAUCACCUGCAUUUUGUUCAGCUCUGCUGUUUUUCAAGGUGGUGCCGGCUCUUCUCCAGCUUUUACCCUUCUCCAAAGGAAUCAAUACUCUGGUGCUGAGGAUUCUGGGAAAUGUUGCACACAAUGGGUCAGGAUACUGUAUAAAGCUGACCCAGGCAGGCCUGCUUCCUGCUCUUUGUGCCACACUUAAAAUGGCUAAGUCAGACGUUGUGUCACUGAGUCUGGAAGUUCUGAACCUGCUGACUGCCAGCAGCCCACAGGUAGUUGAUGAGUUUAUUAGUCUGAAUGGUGUUCCUCUACUGGAAUCAAUUCAGUAUAAUGAUGAAGAGGAACAACGUAUGAGAGCAUCGUACAUUUUAGAUCAUUACCUUCACACACAUUUGAUGGUAGAUAACCCAUUGUGACUGACCAGGGACUGCACUGCAUACAUAUUUACAUAUCAGCACAGUAUUCUGUGUAUUGUACAAUAAUGUACAUUUGUGCUGUAUUUUUAUGAUUGUUAAAUGUUAUGUAUUUUGUAUAUUUUUAAAAUACCAUGUAAAUAAAGAUUUCAUUGC